CAAAAAAAUCACCUAUAUGUUGUUGAAUGAACAAAGAAGAGAGCAACACACCAUACACAGUUGUUCACUCCGAAGCUUAAAAGUUAAAUCGGUGCCCUAGCCUACUUAAGAUGGCCUCACUUGAUACCGACGUCAAUAUGGUUCCCGCCGGCGAUGGAUCCUCCGGCGCCGGGCCCUCCACCAUCAAUCCCUCAUCGUCCACCAAGAAACCCAAGCGAUUCGAGAUUAAAAAGUGGAACGCCGUCUCCCUCUGGGCUUGGGAUAUCGUGGUCGACAAUUGUGCUAUUUGCAGAAAUCAUAUCAUGGAUCUAUGCAUCGAGUGUCAGGCUAAUCAGGCCAGCGCAACAAGCGAGGAAUGCACAGUUGCAUGGGGUGUUUGCAAUCAUGCCUUCCACUUCCAUUGCAUUAGCAGAUGGCUCAAGACUCGUCAAGUUUGCCCUCUGGAUAACAGCGAGUGGGAGUUUCAGAAGUAUGGUCACUAGAAUUUUAAAUCGUUAUCUUCUUCUAGACUGGAAAUAUGACCUGUGAGUUUUUGAAGCAAAUUUGAAGCACUUCCUUUCUUGGAGAAGAAGUAAUAUGUUCUGUGAGUUUUUGAAGCAAAUCGUUAUGUAGCAAAUUAUGUUGCAAUUUGCUAUUAGUUCUUUAAGUUAUUAUCUUUCUACGCAAAGAUAAUGUGAAUAUUGUGCUUAUGAUGGUUUAUAUUGUUAUGUCUGGAAUUGAAUCAUUUUUCUCUAAUGAAAUCGAAAGGUACCUUCUCGAGGCACCGAGGCCCGAUAA